CUAUUAUCCAAUCAAACUGAACUCUAUAAUUAUGGAAUAUACGUAGGUAAUUAAGGUUAAAAAACCAAUAUUUAUGUUAUUAAAAUAAAGUUUCUAUUUUUCCACAAUGGUUAAUGAUGACAAAGUUUUACCAGACAUUCCAAACCACGUAGAAGAAACCCUUCCAAGCAAUAACGAAAAUGUCUUCAUGGCCACCGACUCCGACAGCGAAGACGAAGUUGUGCUAGAUGGCUACGAGCCCCUUCCUCUUGAAGCACCCGAAUACGACAACGAGAGUAGUGAUAACGAACAGGACAGUGGAGUUGACAGUGAUAAUCAGACACCAACCAACGAGAAUUUACCACCGAUUUCAGCUGCAGCGAGUGCAUUAGUUAGAGAGGUGUGGGCGACACCCUCACCUUCGACAGUUGACAUCAAAAUGGACAGCGAAAAAGUUGACGAAGUCAAGCAAGUAAUGGCGAAUGUAUUACUGCCGUCAUCGUCUAUACCAGAGUGGGCUAAUAACAUUCCAGAGGAUCAAUGGAAGGAACACCUGUACAAACGGUUGCAAGGUUUACAGAAGAGUACAAUUUAACUGUUUAUUUUUAAAAUAAAGUAUUUAUAUCACUUAAAAUGUA